AUGAAGUCCAUUCUCCUCUUCAUUGCUGCAACUGUACUAUUGUCUCUUUCCGUCGCUGUGAUGGCUCAAAAGGCCUACCCAGAGCAGUCAGGUGUCACUCUCAUUGGACAACCCUCUCUGAAUGCUCUUCAUUUUGGAAUUGACCUCCCAGCGAGUGCCAUCAACGCUGCUGCUGAUCGAACUGAACAAGAGGAAGAAGAAGAAUCACCAAUGGAUGAUACGUCACUUGUCAUUCUCCCAACAGCAUUAGGUGAUGAAGAAGAGUCCGUGAUGGCAGAUUCCAAUAGUGGAAAUAGUUGUAGACAAUCAUACAGUUACCCAUUGUUUAAGCAAUGUGAUAGUCGAUGGGGUGGCAAUCGAUUGGGAUCAAGUGUGAAAAUUUCUUUUUUUAUUGAAUCCUGUUUAUUUGGUUUCAAAUAUCUUGGACAAACCACUAAUAAGGCAACCAUUAGAAAUUGGCUCUGUUCUGGUAAAGUCGUUGUUUUGAAUGUCAAUGGAGGUGGACAUUGGGUUCUUGCCAAGUCCUACAGCAAUGGAGUGUAUUUAGUGAAUGAUCCUGGAUAUAAUAGAAGUUCCUAUGCUGAGAGUCAAGUGGUGAGAGCUGGUGCUUUUGUUUGA